CCCAUUCCCAUUCCUCCCCAUUCAAGUCUCGCGCCAGUCUAGAAAGCCGAAUUUCCCUUCGAAAGAGCCUCGCUUCGCUGAAUUGUCUUGCUGCAUUGUGUUGCGACCGCCGAGUCUUACCCUCCGCACCCGAGCCUACUCCCCACGCCCCAGACGACCCUGGCAUAUCCGUCCGUCGUCAUUCGCUCCCCGCCUUGAUCCUCAUUCUUGCCUUCGUACCCUGCAUCCGUGCGUCCUGUCCUGGCGAUCGGUCCGUGACGAGUCAAACCCUGCCAUCAUGAGCAAUACCGACUUCCUGGGGAGGGCGAUUGACACGGUCAAGAAGGCCAUCGAGCAUGACAAUGAGGGCGAGUACGAGAAGGCUUAUCAGCUGUACUACUCCUCACUGGAGUUGUUCAUGCUUGCCCUCAAAUGGGAGAAGAAUCCCAAGUCCAAGGAGAUGAUCCGCGCAAAGGCGGGCGAGUAUAUGGAUCGCGCGGAGAAACUCAAGAAUCAUUUAGCCUCUCUCGAUAAUCGAAAAAAGCCCAGUGCGGUUGGCGCUAAUGGCAAGGUGGCGCAGGGAAGUGGAAAGGGAGGGAAUCAGGAAGAUGAUGGUGAGGAUGCCGAAUCCAAGAAGCUACGAUCCGCCCUUGCUGGGGCUAUCUUGUCGGACAAACCCAACGUGCAGUGGGAGGAUGUCGCCGGUCUGGAGAGCGCAAAGGAGGCAUUGAAAGAAGCGGUCAUUCUACCCAUCAAGUUCCCACACCUUUUUACGGGGAAACGUCAACCGUGGAAGGGUAUCUUGCUGUAUGGACCUCCGGGUACCGGAAAGUCAUAUCUCGCCAAGGCCGUUGCGACGGAAGCAAACAGCACAUUCUUCAGUGUUAGCAGUAGUGACUUGGUGUCGAAGUGGAUGGGUGAGAGUGAAAGGCUCGUGAAACAGCUCUUCAACAUGGCUCGAGAAAACAAGCCGGCAAUUAUCUUCAUUGAUGAAGUCGAUGCCCUCUGCGGCCCUCGUGGAGAGGGUGAAUCGGAGGCAUCUCGUCGUAUCAAGACGGAGCUUCUCGUGCAGAUGGACGGUGUUGGCAAAGACUCAAAGGGCGUUCUCAUCCUCGGCGCAACAAACAUUCCUUGGCAGCUGGAUGCCGCCAUUCGUCGCCGAUUCCAACGGAGAGUCCACAUCAGUCUCCCCGAUAUCAACGCACGAAUGAAGAUGUUCAUGUUGGCAGUCGGCUCGACACCGUGCGAAUUGACACAAGCCGACUACCGAACCCUGGCAGAGAUGAGCGAAGGCUACUCCGGCAGCGAUAUCAGCAUUGCUGUCCAGGACGCACUAAUGCAACCAAUUCGCAAGAUCCAAACAGCAACACACUACAAGAAGGUCAUCUUGGAGGGUGUCGAAAAAUUGACCCCCUGCUCGCCGGGUGACGAGGGCGCCAUGGAAAUGACAUGGACGGCUGUUGAAGCCGAACAACUCCUGGAGCCCCCACUCAUUCUGAAGGACUUCAUCAAGGCUGUCCGCAACUCCCGCCCAACCGUCAGCCAAGAAGAUCUGCAACGGAACUCGGAAUGGACCAAGGAAUUCGGCAGCGAGGGUGCCUAAACAGCCCUACUAGAAAGAGACCCCUACACCUCGCCACGAAUCAGAACACCAACCCGAACCCACAACCCAAUAGAGUCAAGCUACAGCUAAACCUGAACCUCAUGAUCUCAUCUUGGUUGGUCUCAGCCUAUGACCGGCUGUCGAAUUGGACGAACGAAAGGAACGACCCCGCGCUGCUUCUACUUCUACUUCUUCUUCUUCUUGCAAUCUAUACAUACAUACACCCCCUACUCCCUCCCACUCAUCUACACUUUCCUCCUCUUCCCUUCUUUCUCUCUCUCCCUCCCCCUUUCACCCUCACCCCGGUGUCAGGAACGUUAUCAUUAUGCGGCAAGGCGAGGCGUUACAAGUUUCUGUUUACUACAUGACCUGGUGUGAAUGUCAGUUGAAUUUAAUUUACUACCUCUAGAGUUUUGUAUGUAUGACGGAUGCGUAUCUAUAGCAUUGGAUCUUUACUG